GUCCUCCAGCGGUGAGUCCAGCAUCUGAACGCUCAGUGCUGCAGCUCCACUGCGGGAUCCGGAGAGUCAGAAGAGUGAAGUAGGAUUAUAGAGGAUUUAUUUAGCCUACCCUUGUUGGGUAACAGUGAGAGUAAAACUGGAGGUGAGGAUGUCUUUACAGAAGCUUCCAGGCUCUUUUGGAGUCCUGUUCCCAGCGUACUCUCUGCCCAUGAAAGCGGAGCGCAGUCGGAAUAAGGAGAGGCUGGAGGCCAGUCUGGCCGGCUUGUGUGAGCUGGAGCUCCUUAAACAGAGGCAGGAAUGCCGGGUGUUGAGCGCUCUCUGCCUGGGGGACUCUCCGGUUCCCGAGCGUCCGCCUUGGGGAGCCCUGCGGUCGGCACGCUGCGCCUUGGACGCACCAAGCGGCAGCGCGUCGGAGGACUUCAGCCUCCAAACUAGCAGUCUGCAAUGGGGUAUGAAGGCGUCUUUAGAACAGCAGGUGGCAGAGCUGAAGGUCAACACGGAGGUCCACUCAACAGAUUCCCAUACUGAUCCACAGGAAGACAGCCAACUGAUUUCAGGAGAGGUUCUUGCAGCCCGGAAAAAUGGAUCUCCUGAAUCAAAUUACCAUCCUUUGAUCCCUCGUUCCCUAUCAGCACCUGAAGGGACAGGGGAGACAGAGAGAGGAGAGACAUGGCUGCCAGACUCAACAAGAUGGGCCAUGGUUAAUGAUGCUUUGGGGCAGAUGAAGGAUGUUGACCCGAGUCAGGAAGAUUAUCAACAAGCCCAAAAAGUUGAGACCUAUAUAUUUGGAUUGGUCCAACGCAGAGCUCUACCCUCACGCUCCUCAAAACCCCGAACCAGUCUGGCACAUGAUGCCCGAGCUGUUAGUGUGGGGAGGCAGAGUAGUUUAUGCCGCAAGGAGGAGCAACAUUCACCGAAGCAGGUUUCUGUUCAAGAGAUCACUUCUCCGUCCCAGAGUACAGAUGCUCCACAGGACUGCCAUAACUUCGACCAGGAGCCUUACCUAGGGACAGGGUUUACUGAAGAUGUCCCAGCCCCGUACCACCAGCAUCUACAGCCAAGUAUCCAGCAUCAACCAGGACUUUAUCACAGGUCAAGACAGACAUCAAUGAUGAACACCUCCCGCUCAACAUUGCUGGACUAUCCAUCUUGCAGAGUGCUUCAACCCCACCCAGACUCCAGCAAUAGUGAACCUGAUUCACCCCAACAUUUUCACAACUACCCUUCCCCUCCAGCUCUGUUAAAGCCUCACCAACCGUCUGAUGAGCAGCUGGUCAAUGCAGAGUAUAUCCCAGCCCAGCCUUGCAGAGCUUCCACCAGAGCUUAUGCCCAUCAUCAUUCAAACCCCCACAAGGUGUCCAUGCUGCCCAAACCCAAUCGAAGCACGUAUUCUCCAGAAAGAAGCCAUCAUCAUCAAGACCAACAGCCCACAGCAUCCCAGAUUCAACCCUCAAGAUCUAGAGCGGGCCCAAAGAAGUGUCGCUCGAAUGAGGACAGAAAUGGUGUCAGCAGGAAGCCAGGGAAGAAGGCAUGUAGGUCUCAGUCAGAGAACAGCCUGCAAAGGGUUCCAGAACGCAAGUACAAUACAGUGGAGAGGGACGGUGGAGGAAGUGGAAGCGGUGGAAGGGGAAGCCGCAGUAGUCAAUCAAGGAGCAAGAAACAACAGCAAGGAGGGAGUGGCUGUCGGCGCUGGCAGUCCACCUUGGAACUCAGCCAAGACGAGGCUGAGCAGCCACCCAUGCAGGCACCCAUGCAAGGCUCUUCAGCUUCAAACCAAAGGGACCAUUGUGCAAGGCGACCGCGUAAAUCUCGCCCCACUCAUGCAUCGCAUAUCUACCCACAGCACCCCCACUCCCAUCCUCAUCAUCACAUGGAGUACCAGAUAGAAAGGGAUCUAGUGCCGCCGUGUCAGCCCAGUGAGGACUACCCUCACCCACGUCAGGGAGAGUCUGAGUCCAGCAUGAGCGAGGCUGACUCUCCUGAUUCCAGUACUUUGUCCAGUGACUCAGAUGAGAGUGGUGGUCUGGUUUGGCCACAACAACUACCCCCUCAACUUUCCGUCCCAUCACCUUCUGCCCAACUGGGGGCACCUCUGCAGCCCAAGGCUUUUGUCAAGAUUAAGGCGUCACAUGCCCUUAAGAAGAAGAUCCUGCGCUUUCGCACUGGCUCAUUGAAAGUAAUGACCACUGUUUAAAGUGACAUACUGGCAAGACAGAACUGGGCUUUGUAAAAUAUAGAACAAUACUCCACAAACUACAGUGAAUAAAAAACAUUGCAGUUAUAAGAUCUUAGUUGUAAAAUUGUAAGGAUGUUUGAUGACAAGCAAUGAAGUAAAUGGCCAUUACCAUUUCAUCUGCUGUUUUAAAAUAGGAUAUUAAAUGUUAUUUCCGUGUUACAUCAUACAAAAACUAUUGGAUGAUUCAUGUUUUGUCAAGGUGUACCAUAUUUGGCCAUAUUGGCCCUCUUAAUAUCCUGACACAUCAGCAUGCACACACACGAUAGCCCUCAUAGUCCAUGCUGCCAUUGUCUUUGAAGUCAGCCCAAUACAUUAUAAGCGACACUGGGCCUAUUACAAGAAUGUUUUAUGUCCUGGACUCUUCUGACAUGGUACGGCAUGUUCAUAGAGGAAUCCAAGUCAGAUCCUCCGAACUUGCUUAACCGCACAAAUCAUUUGAUAAAAUCUGACAAAUGCCACCUGUAGUAGUUGUGCAUCAGUCGGAUUGUAUCAUUAGCGUUGUAUCAUUAGCUUUACCAACACUUUGCUAUUCACAGGUAGGUGUUCUUUAAAAGAAUAUGUAGCCAGGUGUUCAACCUCUUUCAAAGAAGAGCCCUUUCUUAGGAAAACCAUUACAAACUGUUGGAAACCUAUUAGUGAAAAUACGGUUUGCUAAAAACCGGCCACCGCUUUCUUUUAUUAGGACUGUGAAAUCCUCUUUUAUUGAUGAAAUGAUGCAAAGCUGUUAUUAUUGAAUUAUUAAGUCAUAUUUCAGUUAAAUAGGAACAUAUCUCAAGACAAACAACCAAAGGUUAGUGCUUUUUACAUGUUUUUUCAUUUACCCACAGCUAAUAAAUAAAGUGUGGGUGGUAGUAAAUGCUUCUGUAAGGAGAAGUGAUUGCAGUAAAUAAAGAGUUGUUGUUUAGGAGAGGAUUGUUACAAUGUGCUUGCGAGACAUUUUGUCUGGAAAUGUGUGGUUUAGACAGUAAAUCUCAAUGUAGCAAUAAACAACUUGGGCUGAAAAGAAGUAUAUAAAUCGUCAACAUUUUACUGUAGCGGCUGUCAGAAGCCAACAAGACACCACAGCUACAAGUUUUAUAUUGUCUUUGAAAUGUUUUGGAGGGAUCAAAUGUUUCACUAACAGACUCAAGUAUUCAAAGCAAAUUGCAGUUUUGUAUUGUUAAUAUGUUAAUAGGAGGGUACUUGAGCAAAUACAAUGUGUCUGCCCAAAGAAUGUAAUGUUAUUAAGUGACUUUCACUAUUUGACAGUAUUAUCAUUUUAAGUGCACUAGCCAACUAACUACAGUAUUAGCUUCUCUUUGUAUGAAAUGUGUUUGACAAAAUGCAGUAUAUGGAAUUAAAAUGUUUGUUUUUAAAAAUACA